AUGAAUGCUAAUAAUCCAGUAGACAAGAUAGAGGAAAUAGACGAGUUGGAACAACAUUUGUCUGAUGAGAGUAGAGAAUCUCUCAAAAAGCUAAAAGAUAUACAGACAGAAUUUAACACUAUAGAAAAAGAGUAUUUAGCAGAAAUGCGAAAACUCCGCUCAAAAUAUGAAGCUCAGUAUGACCAGAUCUAUACUAAAAGAGAUCAAAUUUUGGAGUCUGGCACAGUUGAGGAAUCUGGAACUCCUGGAUUACCACAAUUUUGGAUUACAGCAAUGAGGAACAGUAGAAUGUUAGGAUCAGCUAUUGAAGAAUAUGAUGUUCCUAUUCUUUCAUAUCUUAAAAAUAUCACUACAGAGUGGACCUCAGAUCAGCAAUCUGGAUUUAUUUUGAAUUUCAACUUUGUUCCAAAUCCUUUCUUUGAAGGUACUAAUAUCAAAAAAGAAUACGUUAUGGUUUUCCUAGAAGACGAUGAACCUCUUUUAAGCAAUACUGUGGUAAGCAAAAUUGAAUGGAAGCAAGGAAAAGAUCCUACUCAAGAGGUUGUUGUCAGGAGGCAAAGACAUAAACAGUCAAAAGAAGUUCGUAUUGUAACAGAAACUGUUCAUAGAGAAAGUUUCUUUAACUUCUUUAAAUCCCUAAAUGUUCCUUCUGAUGAAGAACUUGCAAAAAUGGAUCGUUUUGAUAUUAUGGAACUUGAAUCUACAGUAGAAACUGAUUAUGAAAUGGGUGUCUUUAUUAGGGAUAAACUAAUUCCGUAUUCUCUAUAUUGGUUUACAGGAGAAGCUGUUGAUGAAGAUGACGAACUAGAAGAAGAUGACGAAGGUGAUAUUGUUAAUGUAGAUGAUGAUGAUUCUGAAAGCGAAUCGGAAAGUGGCAGUGAUAGCAAUAUUGGCACUGAUUCUGAUAGUGAGGACGACAGAAACAAUAAAAACGCAAAUCGAAAUAACAAAAAGAAUCUCUUUGGAAACAUGAGCACUGCAAAAUCUUUUAAAAAAACUAAUUAA